AUGGCACCAAGAAAAGUAGUGAAAAUAGUUAUAAUUGGUGAGAAAAGUGUUGGAAAAACAAGUAUAUUAAAAAGAUAUGUAGAUCAAAGAUUUGUACCACUGAAACCAACGAUUGGAGUGGAUUUUGUUAAUAAAGAUGUUAUGGUCAAUGACAAGAUGGUGACACUGCAGCUUUGGGAUACAUCGGGUCAAGAGAGAUUCCGUAGUCUCGAGAUUUCAUAUUAUCGUGGUGCAGACUGCUGCAUUCUGGUGUUUGACGUCACCAACGAGAAAACACUUCACGAACUAAAGAUGUGGCGUGAAGACUUUAUAGACAAGACCGGUGUUCAGAACCCCGAUCAAUUCCCAUUCGUCGUGCUGGGCAACAAGGUCGACGAACCAGAGAACAGAAAGGUUACAGAGCGUGCUGCAACCAACUUUAUCAAGGAGAUCGGUGGAAACAUUUUCUAUUUCGACACCUCUGCAAAGGAUGCCACCAACAUCGAAGAGGCAUUCGCAACCGUUUCAAGAAUUUCUUUACAAAAUUUAAUACCUAGUGAUUCUCAGCGCAAAUAA